CGAAAGGCGAAGAACCUCUGGUUCGACGACGGGAACGUCGUCUUCCUCGCUGACGAUCUCGCAUUCCGGGUCUACAAGGGUAUCCUCAGCGUCAUUUCCCCAGUCUUUCAAGACAUGCUCUCUGUGCCACACCCCGAGGAUGCAAAGACCGUCGAGGGAUGCCCAGUGGUCCGCGACUCUGACUCCGGGGAGGAUUUCACGCGCUUCUUCGAAUGGGCGUUCCACAACCAUCGAGACAGUCUUUCAGAAUCCACCAAGUCCAUGACUUCCUCACACCUCAUGUCUCUCAUCCGCGUCGCCCGCAAGUACCAAGUACGCGAAGCCGCGGAGACCCUCAUCCGCCGCCUCGAGCGCCGCCUCCAGACCCCGAUGCGGUUCGGGGCGGGCGCGGACAGCCUUACGUGGACCGAAAACCUCGAGCGGAUGAACGAGACGUGCGCCAGCGUGGUAUUGGAAGCACGUUCCGCGAUCGAAAUCGUGAACGUGAUCCGCCUCGUCAACGGCUCCGCGACCUCCCCGGACGCGCCAGUCUUCAGCAACACUGCCAUCGCCGUCGCGCUCUUCCACUGCUGUGUUGCCUUCGAGGAAGAGCCACGACUUCUCCGGGAAGGCGUGAAGCGCGGCGGAGGGAUUGUGGAACAGCUGUCGAGCGAAGACCACGAGCGCUGCGUUCGAGCGAUG